UCUGUUCAUUCAGUCUCAAGAAAAUAAAGCGAAGUGGGUUAUGUCUAGGAACUGAAGAGAUAAGAGGGUGGACGAACGAUGUCUGCGACAACAACUCCAUAUCUCUCUCUUCCGAGUUUCAGACCAAGAUUCCAAAAUCCAGCUAAAACCCACCAAUUAUCUCCACUCUCUUGGUCUGUUUCGAGGAGAAAGAUCUUGUCUUCCGACAGACAACAAGCUGCUUCUGCUCUUCUUCUGCUUCACCAGGAAAAAAAACAAUCAUGGAGACUGUCUGCAACUCCAGAGGAGAUAUCCCAGCAGAUAGUUUCUUCUGAUACUUCCUCUACAGAAGCUAUUGUGUCUGGUGGUGGUAGUCAAGAUGGUGUUGCUUUGAUUAUACAAGUGCUUCUCAUUGUCGCUUUUCUUGCUCUCAGUGUUCUCACCAUUGGUGUUGUUUACAUUGGAGUGACUGAGUUUCUUGGGAAGAGGGAGAGAGAGAAGUUUGAGAAAGAAGAGGCAGCAAAGAAGUCUAAGAAAAGUGGCAAGAAGAAACCAACGAGAGCCAAAGCUGGACCAAGGGGGUUCGGUCAGAAGAUUGAAGAUGAUGACUUUGACAUUGAUCUUGAAUGAUUCUUUUUGUUCAAUUGCGAGAGAGAGAGGGAGAGAGACAAGAUUGUUCUCUGAUUGUAAGGUUCUGCGAUUUUCAUAUCUAUCAUACUUUUCUUACUUGACAAGCAAUAUAAACAGGAAAAACUGCUAAAGAGUGCCUGUGUAAACAAAGUGUGUGGUUUUUUUGUUUUAUUAAAUCUUUCAAAGAAGUACUUGAACUCUA